UUUACUAAAGCAUUACUUUUAUUAUUUACAGAUAGCACUGUUGCCGUCUAUGCUGCAACAUCACGGGGUCGUAUUCAGCUGAUAUAUGGAGGUCAGCCAUUUAUAUUCGAAAAGAUACUAAAGUUGUCGACUGGAGAAGAGAAGAAAUUUUGGCGUUGCAAUCAAUGGUGGAAUCAGAAAUGCCGGUCGCGUGUCUUCACUAUUAAUGACACUGUUAUACCGUUACAACGAUAUCAUACUCACGAAGAAAUUGUUAAAAGGAAAAAACGUGCUCGCAAGGCUCCUCAAGCGAAACCCGACCUAAAGUUUGAUAAAAAUAAGAGUAUUCUAACAAAUACAGCAAGUGGUAGCAUUGAUGUUGCUCAUCUAAAUAUGAAGUAUGAGGAAAUCGUGGCUGAUGUAACAGAAAUUGAACCGUCGGACCCACUAUCUACUAUAAAAAAAUAAAAAUUUUCAACAACUUUAAACACCAUUAGAAAUACUAUAGGAGUCCAAAAAUGACUGAUUCGAAAGAGUACUAUUUUAUGAAAGGACAGCGUUCAUCUACCAAACUCGUUUAUGACAACAACUACUUUGUGAAAUUCAUGCAAAAUACUAAAGGCACAAAGUGGGUAUGCUCAACCCGUUCAUCAACAAAAUGUCGCGCACGCAUCCGUUUAACAAGUCUUGGAAAUUUGGAAGUACUUUAUGGAGAGCAUAAUCACGUUUCGCGUCAAAAAGAAUCAAAAUGCGCAACCAAGAAAUCAAAGCUAUCAUAAGAUAUAAGAUAUGUUAUAGUGGUAGGAAUAUAAGUUUGCUAUACAGUUUUUAUUGUAAAAUAAUUUUUAUUAGUGAAGAUUUAUAAAAUAAGAGAUGUAAUUAUUAACUAAUGUUAAAAAGUGGUACAUUUAUAUGAUAAAAUUUUUACAAAUUAAUGAUGUAUGAGUUGUUCGGCAAGUAA